AUGAGUACAACGAAUAGUACCAAAUGGACAAUCACGGCCAUUGUUGCCCUGGCCGCCGCCGCCGCUCCCAUGGGCUCCAGUAUCUUCUUGCCUGCCCUCCCCAGCAUGUCGGUUGACCUGGACGCCUCCGAGACUGUCACCAACUUGACGAUAUCCUUCUACAUGCUGGCCAUGUCUAUCUUCCCCCUAUGGUGGUCAUCAUUUUCCGAAACCCUCGGCCGUCGCACCGUCUACAUCGUCUCCUUCUCCCUCUUUCUCAUCUUCUCCAUCUGCAGCGCCCUCAGCGUCAACAUUGCCAUGCUUCUCGUCAUGCGCAUCCUCGGCGGCGGUGCUUCGGCAUCGGUGCAGGCCGUGGGCGCCGGCACCAUUGCCGACAUCUGGCAGCCUGCGAACCGGGGCCGAGCCAUGGGGAUCUUCUAUCUCGGUCCCCUGGUCGGGCCUCUCUGCGCGCCCAUUAUCGGCGGCGCUCUCACCCAAGGCUUCGGAUGGCGCGCCACCAUGUGGUUCCUCUCCAUCUACGGCGGCGUCAUGCUGUUGAUGCUCCUGUUCUGCCUCCCCGAGACCCUCGCCAAGCCGCCGGGAGGAGCAGCCGCGCCCGCCCCGGCCCCAACCACUGCCGGCGCCGUCUCGCCCGCUCUGCAGCGCGUCCCGACGACGACCCAAUCCAUCAAACUCCGCACUCGGCACACGGCCGUCCUCCUCAAGCGCCUCCUGCUCGAUCCCCUGUCCGUGAUGCUCUACCUCCGCCACCCGCCCGUCUUUCUGACCGUCUACUUGGCCUCUAUUGCCUUCUUCUCCCUCUUCAUCCUCAACAUCUCCAUCCAAUCGACCUUCUCCCGCCCCCCUUACUCCUUCCCCCCCAUCCCCUUGGGGGCCUGCUACCUGGCCCCGUCCACGGGGUACAUCCUCGCCUCGACGCUCGGCGGCCGCUGGAUCGACUACAUCAUGGCGCGCGAGGCCCGGCGCGCGCAGCGGUACGACGCCGACGGCAAGCUGGUCUACCUGCCCGAGGACCGGGCGCGAGAGAACAUGUGGCUGGCGGCGGCGCUGUACCCGGGUGCCAUGCUGUGGUACGGGUGGACGGCCGAGAAGGGGGUCCACUUCAUGGUGCCCUGCGUGGCCAACUUCUUCUUCGGCUUCGGGAGCAUGCUGGUCUUUGGCGUGACCACGACCAUGCUGACCGAGUUCAUGCCGAGGAGAAGCAGCAGCGGCGUGGCCGUCAACAAUUUUGUGCGCAACAUCUUCUCGUGCGUCGGCAGCGUCAUCGCUCAGCCGCUCAUCGACGCCAUGGGGAACGGGUGGCUGUGCACCAUGGUCGCCCUGUUCGCCCUGCUGACGGGGAACGCGGCCGUCUGGGCGCUGAGGAGGUUUGGCCCCCAGUGGAGGGAGGAGAUGGAUCGCCGGUUAAGGCAGGGGAAGUAG